AAGCUUGAGUGGCUCAGGCUUUUGGCUUUGUCCUCGCCCGUGCAAAGCGCACGCAUCAUGGAUAUUUACGCGCUUUACGCCGCUUUCAUGAACAACACAUCAGCGGCGAGAGAUGAGCCUGAAUUCAACGAGGUGGUGCAGGAGUGUCAAUUUAUCUUGGGGCUGGUGAUGAUCUUCGCGACGCCCUUCGUAUGGUUCUUUCUGGCUUGCUGUUGUCCCAAUCCUUACGGCGCGCCCAACGAGAGGGUGCGGAGCGGAGAGCUUCGGAAGAGCGUUUGGACAUGUUGGGAACAGGUGGGCACGUUCCUGUUCUUGUUCAGUUUGGCAAAGGUGUCUUCAGGUGCGGCCUUGACGUUUUCAUUGACAUACAGUCUUGCACGGUCUUUGAUGGACCUAGCCUAUUCCUAUGUCUACUACCGCAAGUUUGGGCUACGCGGUGUCCCAACAAAAGUCAGUCCAACCUCUGCUUACACGGACAUGCAUUCUGGCAGCAUUGCGAAAGCUUUGGCCGCGUUCUCCCUCCAGGCUACACUGUACGCUGUCGUCUUUUGGGCAGCAGCUGAGCAAGAGACGGUGGCCACUGAAAAACAAAUAUUGUUCUAUGUGCUGGGUGCCUUCAUUGCUUCAGUGGUGCGGCUGUUCGAGCCAACAUUCAUCACGGGCGAGUUUGGGGAAGUAUGGAAACCUUACCUCAUGACUUUCCCCGCGUUCCGUCAGCCGAACGAUUGUUAUUGCGUUCGUUUCUUUCUUUCUUUCAUUGUGAAUGGCUGGCUGUCGCACGCGACGCUGUGUUUGAUCCCAGUCAUCUUGAUGAAUUCUGAGACGGCAAUCGACUUCGUCAAAGAUUCAGUGGCUGUCCUCUUCAUUGCAGAGCUGGACAGGAUCAAGACGAUGCUGGACUACCAUCACGACAUCCGUAUUGAUUCCAACUCUCCAUAUUGUCACAACCCUGUUGUCUAUGGUGAAAUUGACCCGGGUAGCACGCUCUUCGGGAAGCCGAUCGCGGCGAUCAUGGAUUUGGUCCCAAACCCAGUGGAUUCAGCGCAACACCCCCACGGCAUUCGAGGAUGCGCUCAACACUCCCACAGCGGGCUUCCGGGCACAGAGCCUGUUCAUUCGCAUUCAAUUCAACACGCACACGGCUGGGUUCCAGGUUCAGUUCAAAUCCAUGCUGUUCCUCCACUGCCUCCUCCACCGCCUCCGAAAACGCCUCACCAAGUCCUUUAUAUCCUGCCGGCAAGCCCGGGGUUGGGGUUUGGGAUGUGAAUGGAAACUGUCCGUUUGCCGUCAAAGCUGGCGUUAUAUCGAAUAUUGAUGUGGUCGGCAAAGCCGACAAUUAUCAAUAAUAAACAUCUGUUUAAAAAUGCAACAUAUUAACAAAAAACGUAAAACACAAUUACUAUUUGCGUUGCAUUUUCAAUACAUAUCAUACCAUUGUAUAUAGCAUAGUUAGCAUCAUGAGACCACUGCGCAGC